AUGUCGGGAAAUGGUUUCAAUGGCAGCAUUCCCUCUUCAUUUGGAAAUAUGAGCUUGUUGGAACAUUUAGACUUAUCCAACAAUAGAUUGUCAGGUACUAUACCAGAGGACUUAACCAUUGGUUGUGUCUCAUUGCAAGAACUCAUACUUUCAAACAACAGUUUGCAAGGCCAAAUAUUUUCUGAAACCUCUAACUUAAGGUUUCUGUAUGAGCUACAAUUGGAUGGCAAUCAAUUCACUGGCAGCAUUCCACAUAGCUUGUCUAACAGCUCCUUUUUACGAGGGUUGGAUCUUAGACAUAACAACUUAUAUGGCAGGAUCCCAAGGUUUCUUCGCGUUUUGGAUCUUUCAAUGAAUAAUAUCUCAGGAAGUCUACCAUCUAACUUUUGCACUUCAAAUAGACAAGAAAUUUAUUUGUCUAGAAAUAGGUUACAAGGGUCAUUGGAGGAUGCAUUUUAUGGUUGCUCUGAGUUAAUUGUGUUAGAUUUGGGCCAUAAUCAUAUGACUGGAAGCAUUCCAUCAUGGAUUGGAAAAUUUUCUCAAUUGAGCUAUAACCAUAUUGAUGGGGAAAUCCCAGUUCAAUUGUGCAACUUGACUCAAUUAAGUUUGCUUGAUCUUUCUCAUAAUCAACUUUCUGGCCAAAUUCCUAUUGAAAUUGGGUACCUCAAUGAGAUCCAUGUACUAAAUUUGUCUCACAACAGUUUGACAGGAAAGAUCCCAGCAUCAUUUUCCAACUUGCUCCAAAUUUUCAGGGGCGUUACUCCGCCCCUGGUUGUAUCUUGGCUUGUCCUCUAUGGAUAG